UAUGCAAUCUACCAACACCAACAAACGGAUGGGGAAAACAGGUUGACCAACACGACACUUUACUGUCAGACGACAUAGAGAGAAUCAGGAUCUUGCGAAAUGAAGUUUACAGCCACACAGCUCAAUCAGAAAUGUCUGAUGCAGAAUUUAAAAGUAUAUGGAUCAAAUUCGAAGAAAUUUCUAUUCGAAUGGAAACACAUAUGCCAGGAAAUAGCUAUAGAACAAAACUACAAGACCUAAAAUGCUGUUACCUAGACAAAGAGUUGGAGAGACUGUAUUAUACUCUUAGAGAUUCACAGAACAGAGAAUCUGUUGUCAAACACGUCCUAGAUAUCUGGAGAAAAGAAAAUGAAAAGUUUGUUGUCACAAGAGCAUGCAAACAAGUGGAAGAUAAACUGAGAAAUUCAACGCAUAUUACUGUGGUUGGAAACAUGGGGAGUGGAAAGACUAGCAUUGUAAACCAUAUCGCAUUAAUUUACGAGCAGAUGGGUUGGCAAGUAUAUCCGAUUGAUGAGGCAAGAGAAAUCAAAGAGUGUGUGAACUUGAGAGAUAACAUGCAAAUGAUAUUUAUUUUCAAUGACCCAAUAGGAAAGCAGUCUUUAGAUGAAAUUGCCUACUAUUAUUGGAACAGGUUAGAGGAUUUCUUGAAAAUGUGUUUUGAUUCCGAGAAACUAAGCAUAAAACUGUCAACUACCUGUAGACGCUGUGUAAUCCGUGACAAACGUGUCCAGUGUCUCUUGAACAAGCCAAACUCUGUUAUCGACGUCGACGAUGAGCACACUAGGAUGACAGAAGAAGAGAAGCAGGAAAUUUUGAGCAACUAUACCGGAGAUCACUUCAGUAAAGAGGAAAUGCAAAGCGUGCUAGCUUAUGACACAGCAUUCCCUCUACUAUGUCGCUUAUAUGGGGAAAAACAUAACUUUCAUGCUAAAGGUGUAGAAUUCUUCAAAUUUCCUGAAGAAAGUGUAAUGAAAGAGAUAGAAUAUUACAUGCGUCUUGACAAAAUGAAGUUCCUAGCUUUAGUCAUGUUAGUAGUGUGUAGUAACAAUUUUCGUAUAAGUUUUUUUGCAGAUUCCACAAGAUAUAUCCAUACAUUUGAGAAUGCAUGUGAUAUGUGUUGUAUGUCUAGGGAAAUCCCUAGGGGACUCCUGUUGGAAACCUUUGAAUCAUUGGAAGGAUCUUUCGUAAAGAGAGUUCGAAACAAGUAUCAUUUCAUCCACGACUUUGUCAUGGACAUCACCACAUUAUUACUUGGAAAAGCUCACCCGAAGGAAAUUCUUCUCUACUGCCAUAGUGCUUUUAUCAGGAAAAAAAUUCAUAUCUUAGGAAAACCCAGUGAUUUCGAAAAACCUGAUCAUAUUAUCUAUCUUGAGAAACGACACAUUAAUUAUCUAGUGGACCGUUUUUUGUUAGAGCUGACAGGAAAAAAUGUCAUGGAUGUGGUGCUGAGUCCUAGUCUGAGAAACGAGGAAGUAAUUCACUGUUUCAUUUCAAAACUGGAAACAUACUCCUCAGAUGCAUUAUUUGGAAAACUGGUAUUGACGCAGUUGGAUAUGUCAAAAUUAAUGGAAUAUGACGAUAGCAACAAUGAGUGCUUUACAAAACUUGCUCUCAUUGCAACAGCAGGUUUUACAUCAUCGUUCCUUUUACUGCUUUUAUACAAUCAUGACAAAAUUUGCAGCUAUAUUUUAGGGAGAAUGUCCUCCUUUUCAGAAGCGACGGACCAUCUGGUUUCACAAUCAAUAUUUCCAAUUGUGUGUGCGAAUGGAAAUAUGACAUUAGUACAACAGAUUUUGUCUAUAAUCGGCAAUGAUGUAGUGCAUCAAACCUGGGGAAAAACAUGAAGAUAUGCUCGAUACAUAUUGCAUCUGUCUUUAACAACAUUGGUAUUCUUCUGUUUCUCUUAGAUCAAAUGCAUGUGAAUGUCAAUGUGAAAUCAGAGAGAGGCUUCACUGCCCUUUUUCUUGCAGCAUCCAGUAAACACGUUGAUGAAGCUGCUGUUCAGAGAGGGCAAACAUUAAAUUCUGUAUCAGUUUUACUAGAACGCGGUGCGGACGUAAAUACAGAUUCAUUUUCUGGUGCCACUGCCGUUUACAUGGCAGCACAGCACGGUCACUGCAAUAUCUUACGAAUUUUAGUCAGAAACGGAGCUAAUCUGAAUUCGACAAGAUUAAAAGGAGGUGAUAGCCCCUUACAUACUGCAACACAAAGUGGCUAUGCUGAUGUAAUGGAAAUGCUGCUAGACAAUGACUCUGAAGUAGAUAUGCGCACUGUUUCUGGGACAACACCUCUAUUUAUUGCAGCGCAAGAGUGUGAUAGCAAAAUAGUAGAACUUUUAUUGAGAUAUUCGGCAAACGUGAACAUUUGCAGAAACGACGGUGUCAGUCCAUUAGCAGUAGCGGCUUCAAAGGGAAAAUCUGAAGUUGCAAAGCUGUUAUUGUACAAAAAAGCUGAUGUUGAUGUUUGUUCAAGAUCUGGCAUUUCGCCCCUGUUCAUUGCAGCACAAGAGGGAUACAGUGAUAUUGUAGCAUUAUUGCUCAACUGUGGAGCACAUAUUAACUCAAAAACAGAAAAUGGUGUAACUCCUCUUUUUGCAGCAUGUAUGAAAGGUAAUUAUAAAUCUGUAGAAGAACUUUUGAAAAAACAUGCAAAUGUGAAUUUGUGUGAGAAAACAGGAACUUUUCCUCUGUUUGUAGCCUGUGAAAAGGGAUUUAGUGAUAUUGUGGAUCUUUUAAUUAAGAAAAAUGCAAGGGUGAACUUAUGUGAGUCAGUUAACAAUCGAAGUCCUUUAUUUAUUGCUUCAGCAAGAGGGCAUUAUCCAGUGAUUGAAAAACUGUUAAAGGCUAAAGCUGAUGUAAACAAAUGCAAUAACGAUGGCGAAAGUCCACUUUUUAAAGCGGCAACAAUAGGUGAUCCACAAAUAGUGAAGUGUUUGCUCGAAAAUCAUGCGGAUAUAAAUCUUCAGAACAGUGAUGGAAUGCCUCCUUUGCAUAUCGCUGCACACUUUGGAUACAAGGGCAUUGUGCAAUUACUUCUAAAACAUGGAGCUAACCCAAAAAUCAUUGCUCUGAACGGGAAGAAUGCAUAUGAUAUAGCACGGACACAAAUGCAUUUUGAUAUCGCUGAAAUAGUUGCCUCCGGUAUUCAAACGUUGAAACAUGAUAGGAAAAAGAGAGAUUGUGAGAUUCUAUAGACAUAUAUACAAACUCAUGUUUUCAGUAUUUCCAAUAUGGAAUACAUGACUAAAACCUAUGCAAAUACAUGAAAGGAAUGUUUAGUUAUACCUUCAACGAGUUCUAUCCGUUAAGGAUAAAAUGACUUUCCAUCAGAAUCACCUUGUGUCAACAUCAUUUUUCCACAUUUUUUUGAGUAGUUUAUCGAUAACUUUGAAAAAAUGUAUCUUGAAAAAAAAACCACUUACUUUACUCGAAAUUUACUUUUCAGAUUGUUUCAGAGAUGAACAGUCUUGUAACGUACAAUAUAUAUAUAGUGAUAUUUUUGCAUUAUUCAAUAUGCUGAUAGAGUGCACUGAUUGAUAUGGAAAUAUUACGCCAUAUGAAAUAUAGAAUGGAAGCAACCAUUUUCCAGUUUUAUUUUCAGAAAUCGUUACCAAUUUUGUCAUUAAAUAAACAUAUUUCUUCCUUCAUAUAAAGGUACAAGCCCGGUACUCCCUCUACCGGUGCUUUGAAAUUUAACUUUCUUCCAUCAUACGAAUUCACUACGAAAAUUACAUCAAUAUCAUAUAUGUAAUAUAAGAGCUGCAUAUUCUUGCCACUUGUGAUUGACUAACUUUAUACCGGAUGAUAUUUCGUCAUGUGAAUCACUCAGGAGUUCAAUUGUUAUUGCUGUUGUCCGUCAUCGUUCGCUGUCCGCAUUGCGUCUCUGUAACUACAUGGUCAUUAUUCCUGCUUCAUGUUCAGGAGUAAUUAAGAUGUUCAGGUUUUGAUCUCUCACUCCCUAGACCAAAGAGGCACACUGACCUUGAAAUUCAUAAUUUAAGUUAAAUGUCCCAUAACUUUGAGGACAAAUGCACCUGGGCUAGGAGUAAGCUUUAAGGUCAGGGCUAAAUGAGUGUGGUGAAAUGUAAGAUAUACUGUACAUACGGUUAUGAAAAGAUGUCGAUGUUUAAAUAUUAAAAUGUGAAAAUAAUGUGCCCAAAGGUAUGAUAUUUGUAACUUUGUAUUUAUCCAUGUAGUAUACAAAGCGAUGUAUAAUACAGGCACGUAUAAUCAGAGGGGCGUUACACUUUAUUCUAAUAACGUAUGUUUUCUGUUAUUGACUUAUGCAGAUUAAUAUAUAUUUAGUAACCUUUUAGUAAUAGUGUAAUAAAAUGUAAGUCAUAGUAAUGGAAGUUAUGAAUUAAAUCCAUGUAUAGAACAACACAUCCCCACGAUUUAAGAAAUCCAAGUUUGUGAAAAGUUGACGUAUUACAAGUCGCAAGGCACUACAUCCACCUGCUUCAGGAUUUAAGAAAUGGGAGUUUGGGAAAACAUUAGAUAUAAUGGGUUGUGCUUCACACCCAACCUAGGCCCCUGCAAUCAGGAUUUUAAAAACAUAUUUGUUUUCGAUUUUUGUAAGUGGCUUUUAGACAGUCUUCUCUGGCUGUCCCCGAAAACCCCCCCAACAAGUUGUGCCAGUAAUAAAAUCACUAAAUAGAUAACAUAGGGUGGAAUUUUGAAUGUCCGGUCGGGCUCGGGAUCCUUUGGUAUUGUACGUGCUGCUCUGUGUUGUUUGUUAUUCAAAACUUGUGAAAGAAUGUCAAAUCUUGUUAUAGAGAUGGUUGUAUUUCUUAAGAUUUUUUUCACUUUUUGAUCUGGUUGACUUUAAGUCACAUUCAUAUGGUCGUCUUACUGAUAUUUGUAAUAUUGCACAUUUAGAUUUUUAUAAUUCAAAAAAUGAAAUAUAUUUUUUAAGUAAUAUUUAUUGUUAUUAUUAUUAUUUUUAUUUUAUUCAUUUAUAAAGCUCAAAUUUACCUAUAGUUUAUAUGCGCUGUACAAUGUUUGUGCUAAUAAUCAUUGAUAGUAUACUAAUAAAAGACCUGCUGAAAACACUGUAAUAUUAGCUGAAUCUGCAAAAAAAAAAAAAGUCCAACUUUUUUAAUGCAUCGUUUUUGUAUUGUUAGACUUGAAAUUUGAUGCUCAAUGCCGAGAAAAUCAAAGUUGUCUUUGUUUGUAGGAAUCAUA